UCUGAGAUAUCUCUGUAAAAGUUGCGCAAUUUCCAAGCUGGUCGCACAUCAAAUUCUAGUUCUCAUUCCCACACAAAAACCCGUUUUAAAAACCAACAAAGAAAUAAGCGAGCUAAUAGCUAGAAUACGAUGAAGUUAAGUUUAAAUACAUAUAAUUAGGAUUUUGGUGGUUCAUAAAUAUAUUAAAUAAAUCAAAUACAAAGGGAGCUUAAGCUUUCAAUUUUAAAACUUGAAAUCAAGCUCCCAAUCACUUGACAACGACAGGCUGUUAUUAAGAACAGAAAUUAUCUUUAAUUUCCACACCUAAAUGGCUAAAAGCGGAUCCGCCUUUACGGACAGUUUAAAAUGGCAAACAAAGCUGUGAGAACUGUCGUCUCAGUGGCAGGGAGUAGAAAUGAAAUAUUUUUAUUAUUAUUGCUCAGUUUAUAGCUUAUUAUUUGCAACAAUUGAAUCAAACGUACAUAUGUGUGUGCCAGCCGUAAAUUUGCAGCGCACAAAUUAAAGAUCAAACAGAGCAAUUGAUAACUAAAAAAAAAACCCAACGAACUCGGCAUACACUUCGGCCAUCGGAAGUGAGAUCUAUGGGAGGUAACCGAAUUGACAUGCGGAUCGAUGGAUCGGCUACCUUUUGACCGAUCUUGGGGUGGUGUCUGGAGAAUUCUCUAGAAGAUUCCGGAACGUUGACUGACCAAUGAACGCUUAGCGCAACUCGAUGCCUAGACAUUGGCUGGCAAUCGGCGUCUGGUUUUCAGAUGGCAACUAGAGUGCGGGAAAUCCGGCUGAAAGCAGUUUUCACCAAACUUAUCCAAAGUCAAGAGCAUGGCGCACACGAAACUCACGGAUACACUCAAACAAUCGCCGCUACAGAUACAGAUACAGAUACAACUGCAUUCCGACCACGUCGCCACCACUACGACUGUGCUUCUGGUCGAAAGCAGCCGUGGCAAGGGUUCCGCAACUCAAUAUUGCAAUAUUGCAUUCGAACGAGUGCCGUCCGUAAAUCAGGAGAUGCCCUCCACAGAGGGGAGUUCCAGAGAUUGGGGCCUACGACGUGGCCGACCCUCCAUUGAAAACUUUUUGGCCCCGGCUACGAGAUGGUAUGGUAAACUUGUAUGCAUGCGCCACCGUUUCGAGCACGGCAAGCGGGGCGUAUGUGCAAUAAAUAUAUAUCAUUUGCUUUGGAGCCCACUUGCUAAUUUCCAUCAAUUGCCAUAAACCGCAGCCUCAAGUCAAGUCGUCUCAUCCACAGGACCUUGAUGGUAAUCAUCCGUAAAUAAAUACCCCUACCUUUGAAUGUGGCAAUUAGCUAAAGUCAAUUGCCAAGCAUGAUAAUGAUAAUGGUUGGAAAUGUUUCGCUGCCACGUGAGUUUCCACCUGAUGAUCUCAUAAAACAUAAUAUGCAUUUCGUGGAAUGUAUUGUGUAUUGUAGAAGAGACGAUCGAGGAUUGAUUUUCAUUUUCUAGAAUUCAUAUUUAUUUGUUUAUUAGAACGGCAGAAUUACUUCCAAAAUGCGCAAUUGUUUGAUUGUUAUUUGUACUUAAUAAACAUUUAAAGAGAUUGCAAUAUGCACAACAUCCCCUGAGCUAUUCAUAGGCUUCUAAUUUCCUAUUUUUCCAUUUUCAAUUCCAUUGUGCCCAGGCACGCUCCUCAUUUGGCCAAUUCAUUAUAGCCUCCACAAUUAGGUUAACUGCUGAGCGAACCCUGGGAAAUAUAUGGCUAAUUAAUGGCGCUUUUGAGAAGUGUUAUUUGUAAUUACUGCAACUACAUUGUUUGGCGACAAAGAAAAUCGCACUUUAAUGCCAUUUUCGCUGGCCAAUUAAUGGAAUGUGUAAAAAGGGGCUUGUCAUCACCCGGCAAUGGGUGACCAAUUGGAAAACCUGUUGCUGACUCAGUGCUCAGUGGGUGUGGAACUCUGACGUAAAGAAAUUUAAGGAGAACUCAAGAUCCAUUGCUUUGUAGUUGAAAUAGCUUUUGGUUACAGAAAAUUUCAUCAUUUAAUGGUUCUUAUUAGGUUCCAAUAUACAUAACUAACCAUCUUUUAAGCGUUCUGGUCAUGUAAUUCGAUGAGUUUGGGUAGCAACUUUUACCCACUCAAUUGAUCCUUGCAGUUAACCUCUUUUCCGCAUGGAAAUUGAUGUGCUCCAGUGGCAAUCCGCCUACGCCCACUCGGCAAUUUGUUGCAAUUUUCUAAAUAUAGCCUAACCCAUUAAAGCCACUUAGAAUGCAAAGCCGACAGCGCGGACUCGUUUCAAUUGGCGCAAGUAAAAGUGAAUUUAAAAGUGGUUUUCCUUUUCCUUUUUUUUUCACCGCUCUGCCUGCCAGCGACACACAGAGUUCAUUCAUCCAAUUUCGUAUUGUUUGUGCGAAAGUCGACUUCCGCAUAUGGGGUCCACCAUCGUUGCGCCCCCGUUUUUCCGCCCCAAAAUCCAGUGAAAAGCGAAAGUGCGACUGGGGGCCCGCAUGCAUUUCCCGCUCCUCGUCGCCGUUGUCCAUUUAAUCAUUGCAAAUUUUAUGCAAUCUGCCGUUUCCACAUGUGUGUGCGCGGAUCUUUUUAUAAGCACUUUGUGUGUGCCAUAUAUCAAAAAGCAGAUCAUGUCGGGCUCUUGGGCAUUUUUUCAUAAGUAAUUCAAUUUGAUUAAAUGCGCGUAGCGUGCGCCAAAAGUGCAUUGACUCCGAAGGCUGAUGCGCUGCAUUUGGCUGGCCUGAUGAGUCUGAAAAAUAGAAAAAUUAUCCUAAUCGAAUUGGGGAAGUACUUCCCCCAAAACAACGAUCUAAUCGGACGAGAAACCCCAGCGGAGAGUUAAUGCAUUUCAAUGCAUACUAUAUAUGCUGUGGCGAAUGCGAUGGCACGCGAUUCGUUCAUUUGUCGGUGGCUACUUGGUCCCCAGUGCAUGCAGAUAUCUUCUUUAACUGCAAAGAAAGUCAAAGUACGCCAUUUUCCAUAUUUUAUAGGGUCUUUCUCAAUCUCAAAAAAGUCUUAAAUAAUCGCUUUGCUCCUAAAAUAGUCACUAAUUUGCAAUUUUCAAAGAAACAGCUUAGAUUUCUCUGAAAAUUUAUUUUGCUUAGCUCAAUCAAUCGAUACAUUUUGUUUCCUUUGCUCCUCGGCAGCAGACAAAAAUAGAUACAGCCAUCUGAUUGUGAGAUAACGAGUUCAAUUAGUGAAAGUCAGAGUCGCCGGCAUUCGCUUUAUGCAACUCCAUUUUAUCGACCAAACAAGACGUCCGCCACAGCAGCUGCCGUUUAAAAAUCCCGCCCCGAAUCGAGUGUUGUUAAACGCAACACCGAAAUGCGACUAGGUGGCAACGCGUUGGCGGCAUGUUUUCUUGUUUUCGCAAUGUGCAUGCGGCGUUGAAUAUCCUGAAACGUGCUGGAAAUUGUGCCGAAAAUGAGCGCGCUUAGCAGCAAACUGCUCCUGAAACGGAUGCCCUGCACCCUGGAGGAACUGGCACAGCUGAUCCACGAGUGCAAGCUCAUCCUGCCGCGCUCACUGAACACCUACGGCCGGAAAAGGGUGCUCCUCGAGUAUAGCGAUCCGGAGGAGGCGCAAAGAGCGCUGGAGCAGCUGCAAGGACUCAGCGAAACGCUGGACAAGCCGCUGUGCAUCAGUGUCUUUGGACCGCGACCCACUGCCGGAGCCGGAGCCAGUGCCAACAAAUCCACACAGACCAAGGGAACGGGAAAUGGAAGUCCUGCUUCUUCUGGCCUUCCGGAUAUCGACAAGUACGUGCGAAGGCUAUACGCCUGCAAUAAUCAGUGCGACUUCACACAGCCGCCGCCGCCAUAUCUCAGCUAUAGCUAUCCACCCAUUAACGGGGAAAUCCUAGCCAGAAUCGGUCAGCAUCUGCAGACAAACUCACACUUCUAUAACCAAGUUUUGCACCUAAUGAAUCGCAUGAAUCUGGAGCCACCUUUUGAAAAGCGUUCGGAUGGCUUGAUGGUUCAGUUGCAUCUGCAUCAUGUGGGCACUCAAACCGAGUCCAUACCCAGCGAAUCGGAAAGCGAGUUGGAGAGCGACGACGGGGAGCAAAAGUUGGCCAAAAGACAGCGAUUGCUGCCACCUCCGUCAAGCGAUGAAACCCGUGCCAAAAUUCUCAAGCGAACCCGCCAAAUGCUACAGCAAGCUGCCCAUCUAGCUAGUCACACUAAUCCCAAACGAACGGUUGAAAAACUCUCUUUUGACGCACCCAAAAUCGAGAUGAAACUGCCCGAAAUCCUACUACCAUCCGCGUUAAAUCCGGAAAGUCGUGCAUCCACAUCAAAUCCAGAAAGUCGUGCAUCCACAUCAAAGCCAGAGAGGCGUCUGUCCACCAGUGAGCUCGAAGCUCUGCCGGUGUAUAAGAACUACAAGACCGGCGAUCCCAGCAACAAGUUGUACAUUAAGAAUCUGGAGAAGAGUGUGGAUGAACAGCAACUGAGGGAACUCUAUGCCAAGUACACUGCCCCGAGUAAUUUGGACAUCAAGGUCAUGCAGCAGGGUCGCAUGAAGGGGCAGGCUUUCGUGACCUUCAUCGAAGGGAACAAUCCGGAGAUUAUAGCCCAAGCCCUAAGCGAAACCAAUGGACUUUUGUGGCACGACAAACCCAUGAUCGUCUGCUACGGCAAACAGCAAUAGGAGCAGUGAAGAGAUAUGGGAGAAGACAACUGGGCCUGAUCGAUACCAUAUACGUCGACGGUGCUCGCCCAGAACCAGAUAACGAUCCCGAGGAGUCGCUCAAC